AUGAAGGUGCUCAGCCUCAACUUCCUGACAUGCGCCGCCAAGGCAUGCAAAAGCUCGUCCGACUCGUAUCCGCUUCACCCCAAGGACGCGGAACUGGUUCAGGAGGAAAUCGAACUCAACCCUGACAUGAUUAUCAACGUGCUGCCCAGACUGGACUGGGAUGCUCUGCGGACCACGUCAUCAGAACUUGGCUUCCCUGCGCUGCCCGAACAGGCCCCUACGGCGGGGGAGCUGCAGGCUGAUGAGAAGGCGUUGAAGGAUUUGCACCACCUGUUGCUGGAGACGCAGAUGUCAGAGGGGAAGUUGGUGUGCGCUAACUGUGGACACGAGUGCAAGGCCGAAAAGGAAGCGCGCUAG